CAAAAUCAGCUAUGAACGGUGUUGCUAACCGAAAAGUUCCGAUCUCGCUUGAAGAGUUACUACUGAAAAGACAAACGGAAAAGCAAGAAAAUGAUCGUCCAAAAUUUUUAACUAAAGAAGAACGAGAAAAGCUUCGAAAAGAUAAAGAAGAACAAGAAAAAAAAGAAUUAGAAAAAAAGCAAAAAGAGAUAGGAGACGGGCGUAUAAAACCAGAUGAGGAUAAGAGACGUCCUAUUGACGAAAGUCGUCAAGGAUAUAGUCGUGAUAGAAGAGAUCAUCAUGAUAGCAGAUAUGACCGUGAUCGUUAUGAUCGUUAUGAUCGUGAUAGGGGAAGGGGAAAUGGACGCGAUAGACGGGAUCAUUAUGAUAGAUAUGAACGAGAAAGACAUGAGCGUUAUGAACGUGAAAGAGGAAGAAGGGAUCGUGAUGUUUCUGAAAAACGUCCUAUUGAAAAACCAGAGUCUAGUGAACCUCCAGAAGAGAAACUCGAUGAAAAAGAAUUACAAGCGAUAAGGGAACGAUAUAUGGGUGGGGAACGUAAAAAGCGUAAAAUUCGUAAGAUGAACGAAAAAAAAUUUGUAUUCGAUUGGGAUGCUGGUGAAGACACUUCACAAGAUUUUAAUCCAUUAUAUGCGAGCAGGCAUAAUGCACAAAUGUUUGGACGAGGUCAUUUUGCGGGAAUCGAUAUUAAGGAACAAAAACGUGAUCGUGCACAAUUUUAUAAUCAACUUUUGGAGGAACGAAGAACUGUUGAUCAAAAAGAUCGUGCUGAAGAAAGAAUGGAAAUUGAUAGACGCAAGGAAAUGAAAACUAUGUGGGAUGACCGGCAUUGGUCAGAAAAACCAUUAACCGAAAUGAAAGAAAGAGAUUGGCGUAUUUUCAAAGAAGAUUUCAAUAUAACAACUAAAGGUGGUAGCAUUCCAAAUCCGAUACGUUCUUGGAAAGAAUCUGGUUUAUCUGAGCGUAUUCUCAAUCUUAUUGACAGUAUCGGAUAUAAAGAGCCCACACCUAUUCAAAGGCAGGCCAUUCCUAUUGGUUUACAAAAUAGGGACAUUAUUGGAAUUGCAGAAACAGUUUACAUUUCUGAUCUUCCGAGAUUAUGCGAGGAAAACAUGUCGGAUGGACCUUACGCAUUAAUAUUGGCUCCAACUCGUGAAUUGGCUCAGCAAAUUGAACAGGAAACAUUGAAAUUUGCAGCACCUAUGGGAUUCAAUUGUGUUUCAAUUGUUGGAGGGCAUGCUGUAGAAGAGCAAGCUUUCAAUUUACGAAAUGGUGCUGAAAUAAUUAUUGCCACACCUGGUCGCUUAAAGGAUUGUCUCGAUCGUCGGAUAUUGGUACUCAAUCAAUGCACAUAUGUAGUUAUGGAUGAAGCUGAUCGUAUGAUAGACAUGGGCUUUGAAACGGAUGUCAACACUAUAUUAGAUGCGUUACCCGUUUCAAAUGUAAAACCUGACACUGAAGAAGCUGAGAAUCCAGCUGAAAUGCUCAAGAAACUUGGACAACGUGAACGGUAUAGACAGACUGUCAUGUUUUCAGCUACUAUGCCACCAGCUGUAGAACGAUUAGCAAAAAGAUAUUUACGGCGGCCUGCGGUCGUUACAAUUGGAACUGCUGGUCAAGCAGUGGAUACAGUUGAACAAAGAGUAGAAAUGAUUCAUGAUGAAAUCCGUAAAAAGAGCCGAUUACUGGAACUUUUGCAAGGUUCAUUUGAUCCGCCAAUAAUUAUUUUUGUCAAUCAAAAGAAAGGUUGCGACGUCCUUGCAAGAGCUUUAAAUAAAAUGGGAUAUCGUGCAACGACAUUACAUGGUGGUAAAACUCAAGAACAAAGAGAGAGUGCUUUGGCUCACCUAAAAAAUGGGACGAUGGAUAUUUUAGUUGCUACCGAUGUUGCUGGACGUGGUAUUGAUGUCAAAAAUGUAUCUUUAGUUAUUAAUUAUGAUAUGGCUAAAAAUAUAGAAGACUAUACACAUCGUAUUGGACGUACCGGAAGAGCUGGUCAAUCUGGGGUCGCUAUAACAUUUCUGUCACCUGGAGACGCUGACGUUAUGUAUGAUUUGAAGCAAAUGAUUUUGAAAAGUCCAAUUUCAAGAGUACCACCAGAACUUGCUUCACAUCCCUCAGCAAUGGCUAAGCCGGGUACGUAUACGGCAAAACGAAAACAUGAAGAAACUAUCUUCCAGUAA